AUGGAUUUAUCUCAGACUACAUUUGGCGAAAAUGACCUUCCAGUCAACUUCUUAGAGACCUCAGACUUGUAUACUCAUGGCCACCCAUUCUCUGACCUACUCCGUCCUCCAAAAAAUUCACCGGACGCACCCGCCACAAUCUAUCAAUACUGGGACACUGCCGGCUGUCCGAUUCGGAUGACCGAUAUCGAAGACAUCUUUCUGGACUUUGCAAAGUACUUUGGAUUCCAACGCGACAACAGACGCAACAUGUAUGACCACCUCUUGACAAUGCUGGAUUCACGGUCGGCUCGCAUGACCCCAAGACAAGCCUUAUUAUCACUCCACGCAGACUACAUUGGUGGAGAGCAUGCCAAUUACCGCAAGUGGUAUUUUGCCUCCCAACUUGACCUUGACGACCGUCACAGUGUACCCACAACCCCAACCGGACAAUUGAUCGAAGAAGCCAAGCGAGAGUGGCGCCAGAGGAUGGAGUCUCUGACGGACCACACACGAGUCUGCCACCUGGCCCUCUAUCUUUUGAUCUGGGGAGAGGCAGCCACCCUGCGGUACAUGCCCGAACUGAUCUGUUUUCUGUUCAAGGCGGCAGAUGACUACCGUGUGGUCAUCAAUACUUCUCUAGUAAACCGGCUCAGACAAGUGGCCCCUGAAAGUUUUCUAGACACCAUCAUCACCCCGAUCUACCAGUUUGCACGCGGCCAGUCGUACACACUUGUCCGUGGUGAGUGUAUCCGUCGCGAAAGGGACCACAACCACAUCAUUGGCUACGACGACAUAAACCAGCUCUUCUGGGAUCGCAGGUCGAUGGCCAGGUUGCGACUCAGAGACGGCCAGUUCCUCAAGGACAUCGUACGCUACGAGCAGUUCCACGUACUGUCUCAAAUCGAGUGGUCAAGUACAUUCGAAAAGACGUUUUACGAAACCCGGUCGUCGCUCCACCUGCUCACAAACUUCUCGCGAAUCUGGAUCAUCCACGCCGCCUCUUUUUGGUACUACAUGGCCGCAAAUGUCGAUUUCGUCUACCUCUCAAUGUCAGGAAACCGACACGAUCUUGCGGUCAAGCUAUCUGUGAUCGGAUUAGGAGGUCUGGUCGCCAGUCUGCUACUCAUCAUGGCCACCCUGGCAGAAUUUGCAUACUUACCUGCCACCGUCCAGACCACCAAGAUCCUUGUGUCGCGUAUCCUGGUCCUCAUGGUUCUUUCGGCAUGUCACGUCGGCGCAUCUGUAUACGUUAUCCAGUUUAACAAGGUCGGUGGAAUGGUUGGUUUGAUUGUCGCCAGCUGCCAGUUGGGUCUAGGAGCCAUUCUUUCGAUCGUGCUUGCCAUUGUCCCCUCGGCAAAUCUAUUUCGCCGUCAGCGUUCGAGCCACCCAAUUGCAUCCAAAACAUUUACCGCCCAUUUCCCAGGAAUUCCAGGAGACGAUCGGUGCCUUUCAAUCCUGCUGUGGAUUUGCAUCUUCAGCAGCAAGUUCCUCGAAACUUAUUUCUUUUUGGCCCUGUCUUUCAGGGAUGCCCUGGGGGCCACAAUCUCAGUGCGACUCGGCAGCUGUGCAAAGGACACACUCUUGGGUAACUCGGUCUGCAGAAUAAUGCCUAUUCUCACCAGCACACUUUUAUUUUCUGUUGAAUUUCUCUUGUUCUUUCUCGACACCUAUCUCUGGUAUGUUGUCUGGAGUACACUCUUUUCGGUCUCACAGUCAAUGCACCAGGGGCUCUCUGUAAUGACCUCCUGGCGUACAUUGUUUGGCCGCCUACCGCAGCAAAUCAUCCAAAAAGUCGUGGCAACCAAAGAGCUGGACACACUCCAUCUACGUAAAAUUGCAUGCUCUCAGAUGUGGAAUGCAAUCGUGAUAUCAAUGUACCGAGAGCACCUACUGUCCAUCAGUAACCUUCAGGCACUUUUGUAUCAGGUUCAAACGACUCCAAAUGCCAAUGAUGGAACCAAUAACAGCAUUAAUAAUACAAAUGGAAAGGAAGCCAGGGAGCUCAAAGUGCCAGAAUUCUUUGACCCAAAGGGUGCCACCGACAAGGAACAGUGCUUCCCUGGACAAUCCGAGGCCGAGCGUCGGCUGUCAUUCUUUGCCCAGAGUCUGUCAACUGACAUCCCAAAACCUUGUUCGGUCCAUGAGAUGCCGGUCUUUACGGUCUUUACACCCCACUAUGCCGAAAAGAUGCUCUUGUCACUGCGCGAAAUUAUUCGUGAAGAAGACACAACCUCAAGGGUGACACUGCUAGAGUACCUCAAGAAGCUUCACCCAGCCGAGUGGGAAAACUUUGUAAAGGACACCAAGCUAAUUGUCGAAGAAAGCGAAAACGAAACGUCGGAUCGAGACGACCUGCCAUUUUAUUGUAUUGGCUUCAAAUCAUCUGCACCAGAGUACACACUGCGUACCCGGCUUUGGGCAUCCCAACGAGCACAGACUUUGUACCGCACUGUAUGUGGAUUUAUGAAUUAUGCAAGAGCACUCAAGCUUCUCUAUCGUAUUGAGCACCCAGAAAUACACGCCACUCGAAAACAGCAACAAGAGCAACAAAAAACAUUACUGGAUCAAUUAGCCCACCAAAAGUUCCGUUUUCUGGUGGCCAUGCAGAGAUACGCCAAGUUUAAUUCAGAAGAGGCUGAGAACUGCGAGUAUUUGCUAAACACCUAUCCACACCUCCAGAUUGCUUAUAUUGAUGAAGAAAAGCCCAAAGAGAAAGAUCAGGAGCCGAUUUAUUACUCGGUCUUGAUCGACGGCAAUUGUGAGCGGUUGCCAGGUAACAAAAGACUACCGAGAUACCGGGUCAGGCUACCCGGAAACCCUAUCCUGGGUGAUGGCAAGUCAGACAACCAGAACCACGCCCUGAUCUUUUAUCGAGGAGAAUACUUACAGCUCGUGGACGCCAAUCAAGACAAUUAUUUGGAAGAAUGUAUAAAGAUCCGGAGUAUCUUUAGAGAGUUUGAGCAAGAGGACGCUCCGGAUGAAACAGAGGUGUAUAGUUUACAUUGCAGCAAUCCGUCCAAGGCAAAACCUCCAGUGGCCAUUGUUGGUGCACGAGAGUACAUCUUUUCAGAGAAUGUGGGGGUGUUGGGAGAUAUUGCGGCCGGAAAAGAGCAGACCUUUGGUACCCUGACGCAGCGGAUCAUGGCCAAGACAGGCGGAAGACUGCAUUACGGACACCCGGAUUUUCUAAAUGCGGUGUUUAUGACAACCCGUGGUGGAGUCAGCAAGGCUCAGCGGGGGCUUCAUCUUAACGAGGAUAUUUAUGCGGGCAUGAAUGCACUUUCAAGAGGUGGCAAGAUCAAACAUACGGAGUACCUGCAGUGUGGAAAGGGCCGUGAUCUUGGGUUUUGCUCGAUAUUGAAUUUCACGACAAAGAUCGGCACUGGUAUGGGCGAACAGCUCCUGUCGCGGGAGUACUAUUACCUAGGUACACAAUUGCCGGUCGAUCGGUUCCUGAUGUUUUAUUACGGCCAUCCAGGGUUUCAUAUGAACAACAUUAUGAUCAUAUUUACAAUCCAGGUGUUCUUGAUCUGUAUGAUGUGUAUUGGCGCCAUGGCUGCUUCUCUUCCAACCGUGUGUCAGCUAGGCAAAGAGUGUUUCAAUCUCCGACCGGUUACAGAGUGGAUUCAGCGGUGUGUCUUGUCGGUGCUGAUGGUCUUCUUUGUGUCCUUUUUACCGCUCUUUUUACAGGAAUUGACUGAAAAGGGCACCUGGCGCAGUCUAUGCCGUCUUUUCAAGCAAUUUGUCUCGCUGUCUCCCUUGUUUGAAGUGUUUGUUACCCAAAUAUAUGCCAAUGCCGUGCUUUCCAAUCUGAGCUUUGGUGGUGCACGCUACAUAGCCACCGGCCGUGGAUUUGCCACGGCACGAUUGCCCUUCUCGGUUCUGUAUUCUAGGUUUGCGAAUCCGAGCAUUUAUUUUGGAUCUCGGACGCUAUCGACUCUUGUGUUUGUGACAUUGACGAUGUGGCUGCCGCACCUAGUCUACUUUUGGGUCACGGUUGGUUCUCUCAUCAUCUCGCCAUUCGUAUUCAACCCACACCAGUUUGUAUUUGUGGACUUUAUUACGGACUACAAGGCAUUUCUGGGUUGGUUGUGUCGGAGUCAGGGGGAUGAAAAGCAGCACAAUCACGCUUGGAUCACAUUCUGCCGCGAGAGUCGGAUGAGAGUUACGGGACAGAAGAAUAUUUCGGAAACAGCAUCAUCAACAUCUUUAUCAUCAUUAUUCUUGAGUAUCUUUAUGACUGAGAUGGCUAUGCCGCUUGUGCAGGCACUGGUUUGUCUGGUUUGCUACCUGUUUCUCAAGACACAUGAGGUAAUAAAUACAAUGAAGCCUUGGGGUCUGUUGGGACCUUUGGUGGCAGCCACGGUGGUGCCGAUUGUUUGGAAUGUCGGUAUUCUUCUGUUGUGUCAGUGCCUGUCGGUCUCACUUUCGGUGGUCGGAUCGGUUCAGCAUGGGGUUGGGAUUGCGGCUCUGAGUCAUGGCCUGGGACUUUUGGGAUUUCUGAUGGCGUUUGAAUAUGUCUGGUUCUAUGAGCAAUUCUCGCUUGCUCUGACUGUCAUGAAUAUGUUGGUGGUGUUUUCGGUUCAAAGAUUUUUGUUCAAGAGUAUGUUGGCUCUUUUUUUGACUCGAGAACCUCAGCAAUAUGGAAUUGACAAGACUUGGUGGACUGGUCGAUGGUGGGGUAGUCAGCUUGGACGACAUGCUGGCCGUGAAUUCAUUUGUAAGAUCGUCGAGAUGUCUGUGUUCACAACAGACUUUGUUCUGGGCCAUUUGAUCUUAUUCGGACUGUUCCCUUUUACCCUGAUUCCUUGGGUGGACCGCAUUCAUUCGAUUAUGUUGUUUUGGUUGAAGCCUUCGCAUCAGAUAAGAUCUUCAGUUCUGUCUACCAAGCAGCGCCGUAAGCGGCGUGGAGUUGUGUUGCUGUACGGACCAUUGUUUGUGCUGGUACUAGGAAUAUUUGUAGCCCUUAUUGUCCUCCCACCGAUAUGUUUUCCCACCCUAUUUCUAAUCCAGAGGCCUUGA